GUGUUCGUGUUUUAUAAGCAACACAUGACUUGCUCCUUCUUUAAGCUUCGUGACUGACUGUCUCGUUUAUCCAUUCACCCUACAACUCGGAAGAUCAUGGCUGCGAUCUCCGUCCGCACGAGCACCUCCGUCUUCCUAGCUCUCCUUCUCAUCUCCUCCGUCCACUCCUUCUACCUUCCCGGCGUCGCUCCUCGCGAUUUCCAAAGUGGUGAAACCUUGUCAGUCAAAGUGAACAAAUUAUCAUCUACAAAAACUCAGCUUCCAUAUGACUACUACUACUUAAAGUAUUGUAAACCCCGCAAGAUUUUAAACAGUGCAGAAAAUUUGGGUGAAGUUCUUCGAGGUGAUCGAAUUGAGAAUUCAAUAUAUACGUUUGAAAUGAGAAAGGAGCAGUCUUGUACUGUAGCAUGUCGUGUAAAGUUGGAUGCUGAAUCUGCAAAAAAUUUUAAAGAAAAAAUUGAUGAUGAAUAUCGUGUACACAUGAUUUUGGAUAAUCUUCCCGUUGCUGUUCGUAGACAAAGGAGGGAUGGAAGUCAAUCGACAACAUAUGAACAUGGUUUUCGUGUAGGGUUCAAAGGAAACUAUCAAGGGAGCAAGGAGGAGAAAUAUUUCAUCAAUAACCACUUGAGUUUCAGAGUCAUGUACCACAAGGAUCAAGACAGUGAUUCUGCUCGUAUUGUUGGGUUUGAGGUUACACCUAACAGCAUUAAUCAUGAAUACAAGGAGUGGGAUGAGAAGAAUCCACAGGUUGCUACAUGCAAUAAAGACACCAAGAAUUUGAUGCAAGGCAGCACUGUUCCACAAGAAGUUGAUGCCAACAAGGAAAUUGUAUUUACAUAUGAUGUUUCCUUCAAGGAAAGUGAAAUCAAAUGGGCAUCACGAUGGGACACAUACCUUCUAAUGAAUGAUGAUCAGAUCCACUGGUUCUCCAUCAUUAACUCUCUGAUGAUUGUUCUUUUCCUUUCUGGAAUGGUGGCAAUGAUCAUGAUGAGGACACUUUACCGAGAUAUUGCCAAUUAUAACCAGCUAGAUACCCAAGAUGAGGCCCAGGAAGAAACAGGAUGGAAACUUCUCCAUGGAGAUGUGUUCAGGCCACCAGUCAAUUCAAAUUUGCUCUGUGUUUAUGUUGGCACUGGUGUUCAGAUAUUCGGAAUGACACUUGUGACUAUGAUAUUUGCAUUGCUAGGAUUCUUGUCUCCUUCUAACCGAGGGGGUCUCAUGACUGCCAUGGUUCUAUUGUGGGUUUUUAUGGGUUUGUUUGCUGGCUACUCCUCAGCACGUUUGUACAAAAUGUUCAAGGGCACAGAGUGGAAGCGGAAUACCUUAAAAACUGCAUUCAUGUUUCCAGGCAUUCUUUUUGCAGUCUUCUUCGUGCUGAAUGCUUUAAUUUGGGGAGAGCAAUCCUCUGGAGCCGUGCCUUUUGGAACAAUGUUUGCUCUUGUCUGCUUAUGGUUUGGAAUAUCAGUGCCCUUGGUCUUUGUGGGUAGUUACUUGGGUUUUAAAAAACCAGCUCUUGAAGACCCCGUGAAGACCAAUAAAAUUCCUAGGCAAGUACCUGAGCUGGCAUGGUAUAUGAAACCCGCCUUCUCUAUUCUUAUUGGAGGAAUUCUACCAUUUGGUGCUGUGUUUAUUGAGCUUUUCUUCAUUCUGACAUCAAUAUGGUUGAACCAGUUCUAUUACAUUUUUGGCUUCCUUUUCAUAGUGUUUGUUAUCCUGCUGCUCACUUGUGCUGAGAUUACCAUCGUGCUCUGCUACUUCCAACUGUGCAGUGAAGACUACAAUUGGUGGUGGAGAUCUUACCUCACUUCUGGGUCCUCUGCUCUCUACCUUUUCCUCUACUCCAGUUUUUACUUCUUUACCAAACUGGAGAUUACCAAGCUGGUCUCAGGCAUCCUUUACUUUGGGUAUAUGAUAAUUGUUUCAUAUGCCUUCUUUGUCUUGACGGGGACUAUUGGCUUCUAUGCGUGUUUCUGGUUUGUUCGCAAGAUCUACUCAUCAGUGAAGAUUGACUGAUUUAGAUGCAAAUAGUGGACAACCGCAAGAUGAAAAUGAAAAUCUGAGAAGCUCUAUGAGUGAGGACUGGGAACAGAUUUUCUUGCCCUCUCUUGAGAACCCCUUUUUGGUGAUGUUGGACAGUUAGGGUUGAAGAAUCUGCACUCUGCUAAUUUGUUACACAUUUCACAUAUCUUUGUACCAUUCUGAAGUAUUGAGAUGUCUGCAUAUCUUUUAUAUGUCUGUAACAAUGUAAUGACAGUAUCCAUGCGUUUUAUGUUUACCUGACUCUGCGAAAAAAUGCAAAAUGAGAGGAAAAGUAUACAUGAUCUUUGGUUCCAUGUCACUGCUAAA